GACAAUUUAGUAGCUACGAGACGUCGGUGAGCAUUGCGCUCGCAUCUUAAUCCGACCUCACUCUCAGUUAAAUUAGAGCGAAAUGCACUUGACAUCCACGCUGAUUGGCCUCCUUAUCGUCGGUCUGGGAAUCGAGCUACCCACUCCCACCGUCGCCCAGUUCUGGAUGUCGGUUGAUCCUAUCUCCAGGUGGCGAAGUGAGACCCUGGCCCAAAGACCCUCCGGAAUAUGCUACAAGACUCGCACUGUGGAUACCGUCAAUCCGAAUUCUAGGAUCCGACAGAUCUCUUACUGCUGCGAUGGCUAUGUGAAUGAAGGGACUACCCAGAUCUUGAAGUGUGUACCCAUCUGCAGGGAGGACUGCUCGAAUGGGUUGUGCGUCACGCCCGGCGAUUGCGAAUGUGCUCCAGGAUACUUCCGGAAAAACGGAAAGUGUCGUUAUGAGUUGGAUGAUAAGGAAUAAAUAAAUAUUUGAUGAUUAAAAUCCAUA